AUGGGUAUUGGUUCAUUAAGUUCUUCCAAUAAUCAAAGUAGCAAUAGCAAUAGUACAACAAUCAACGAGUCAGAUCGAAGACUGUCACUCGAUUUUCAAUACAUUGAUCAAAAUAAAUUUAUAAAAAAAGAAAAUCGCAUUCGUUUUCGACCAACAGAUACGAUUUGUGACAUUGCCAACAGCUUUCUAGCACUUGAUGAACAAGAUGAAAUCUCUCCCGAUAAAAUUGCAUUGGUGUCAGUUUCUCUAGGUGGACGAUGCUGUGAGGUACCUAAACAGAAUGUUCGCAUGACGUUGCACAAAUUAGGAAUCAAAAGUGGAUCGCUGUUAUGCUUUGAACCAUUGAAAGUUGGAAAUCGUUGCAAAUUAUCGCAACUAAUAUUAUUUUCACCAAAUUAUAAUGAGACCGAAAACUAUGAAUGGGACGAAAGAUUGACAACAGUUAAUAUUCUUCUUGAUGAUGUCAUCCAUAUAUUUUCUUUGGAUUGGGUUAAACGUGAUUUUAUCCAAAUCUGCACGUUCUCUAACGAAAAUCUCAAUCGAUCAGAUAAAUUAGGAAAAAAAUUAAGUGAUUUAGGUCUGAGUAGUUACUCGUCAAUAUUUGUCACUAUCACGAAACUUGACUUUUCCUAUGAUAAUAAACAAGAUGAAUAUCUACGUGUUCAAAGUAAUGCACAUGGUGAAAUAUCAUUUUAUGCGUCACUUACAGAUACUCUUAUCGAACUUAAAAGUCAAAUUUUACGUCGGUUCCCACCAUGCUAUUGUGUUCAUGUUGAAUUUAGUGAUGCAAAAGAUGUAACCUUACUUGAAAAAGAUUUGAAAAGAAAGUUAGAAUAUUUGCUUGUCAAGUCUAACACUAUCAUUAAUGUAACUGUUACAGAGGAUCUUCAAACAAAAACAGCGGCAACUAUUAAUCAAGAAACUGAAAGCUUACCAUUACCAUCGGCGAAUACGGAAUCCAUAGACCGAUCUGUGACUGAUUUUAAUAUCAAAUAUGGCAGUAAAAUUUAUACAAAGGUGAUAGACAUGCAGUCAAACAUUCCCGCGACGAUACGCAACCAGAUCAACUUGUCAGCUAGAUCGUUGAGUACGUGUCAAACUGAUUUAAAGCCACUUGGAUUAGAAAAUCUUGGUAAUACAUGUUUUAUGAAUAGUGCACUUCAAUGUCUUAUUCAUAUCGCAGCGUUGACUGAAUUUUUUUUGGAUGGUUUUCAACAAGUUCAUACAUCUGCAGACCAUGCUGAUGCUUACAAUCCAUUUGAUUCUUGUGGAGAAAUGACGGGAGCUUAUGCAGAGCUAAUCUGGAAUAUGCGACGAACCGAUCGUAGGGACCUAGAUUAUAAUCGUUCAUUUAAACCAACACGAAUGAAGGAAACAAUUGGAUAUUUUUCACCUAGUUUCGCCACAUCAGAUCAACAGGAUGCUCAAGAAUUCAUCACGUUUCUGCUAGAUGCCAUACACGAAGAAUUAAAAGAAAAAAAUAAAGCCAAUCGAAAUACAAUUGUUCAAAAGCUCUUUUUUGGAACUUUACAAUCUAAAGUGACUUGUCUUAAAUGUAAUCAUGUCAAAUCUACCACAAACUACAUCAGUUUUCUGCCAAUAUCACUAAAUCAUCAACAGCGAAGAUUUUUAGUAAACUUUGUCACGAAAGAUGGUACUCAAGAACGUACUAUGAUCAAUGUAAAUAGGGAUGGAAGAGUUGGAGAUCUGGUGCAACAAUUUCUUGAGUUUUAUCACCUUUCUCAUCUAUUUAAUCGAAUUAUCGUCAUAGGAGGACUGUCAGAAGGGCAACUUCAAUUCGAUACUCUCCUCAAACAAUUAUCUGAAGACGAAGUAACACUUAUUGAACACGACGAUUACAUAAUUCGUAUGGAAUCGAAUCGAUUUGAUGCAGAAAUCAACAAGUUGAGACUUGAAGAAUGUCUUCAAGGAUUUAUUUCACUCGAAGAACUUGAUGAUCUAUGGUUUUGUCAAGAAAAAACUUGUGAACAAAGCACGACGGCAACCAAACAACUAAGAUUCAACAGUCUUCCGCGUGUAGCUAUUAUUCAACUUAAAAGAUUUUCAUAUUCGAAUGGUUUACGUCGAAAAUUAGAUACAUUUGUAGAUUAUCCUACUGAUGAACUUGAUCUCAGUGACUUAUUGUCAUCAUCGAACAAAGAAAAGGCCAUCUAUGAUUUGAUUGCUGUUAGUAAUCAUAUUGGAUCUAUCUCUAGUGGUCAUUAUACUGCAUAUGCACGACAAGAGCCAAAUGUAGAUGAAUGGUACGAAUUCGAUGACGCCUAUGUAUCAAAGAUUCAUUCAACCUGUAAAAUCGUAUCAAAAGAUGCCUAUCUUCUUUUCUACGUUAAACGGACGAAAUAA